ACUGUUGCUGGCAGCUUAGGAAGAAAAUAUAUAACCUAGGUUAGUUUUAGGCAGAUUUAGACACUGCACAAACUCAAGAAGGAGCCAAAAAAUAUGGAGAUGGACCAACAAUUAACAUCAGAGCCAGUGAGUCCUGCUGGGCAAUACUUCAGUAGCUCAGUAUUAUCUAUAUCCAUAAUCAAUGUUUGGGAAGCAAAAGAGCCAAUUGAUGAUUCUCAGGCUGUGUGGCAGCUCCGGAAACAUUUUCUACCCAUUAGCCCACGUUUCUCCUCCAUCAUGGUUAUAGGCAAACAUGGAGAGAAACGCUGGAAGAGAGUUCAGGUAAUCCUAGAAGAACAUGUUAAAGUCCCUGUCUUCCCUAUUGGGCUGACACCAAAUCUUUACGACGAGCACCUCGAAAACUACAUAUCAGUGAUAGCAAUGGAACCAUUUCCUCAGAACCGUCCCUUGUGGGAAAUUCAUUUCUUUAAAUACCCCACAAGCAAUGCAGCUGGUAACUGGAUAUUCAAGCUUCACCAUUCACUUGGUGAUGGUUUCUCCUUGAUGGGGGCACUUCUUUCUUGCCUUAAAAGAGCUGAUGAUCCUUCUCUUCCUCCUACGCUUCCUUCUUUUGGACUAAAUGCAAGAAGAAGGAAUAUCGAGAAUCAAAGGAACAGCUUACUUAGUACUGUUUCUAAAUUUUUCUCUCUAGCCUCCAAUACCAUAUCAGAUAUUUUUGAAAGUAUAACAAAGAGUACUUUGAUAAAGGAUGACCAAUCACCUAUAUGGUCCGGCAAUGAUGGAGUCGAAUUUUCUCCAUUUACUACCACAACGAUAACAUUUUCUCUCCAUGACAUUAAACAAAUCAAGUCGAGCCUCAACGUGACCAUCAAUGAUGUUAUCACUGGAAUAAUAUUUUUUGGGAGCCGGCUCUACAUGGAGGAAGUGAGCAAGGGUAAGUCCAACAAGAUAGACCCAACAGCACUAGUGUUACUAAACACCAGGAUGAUUCGAAGUUACGAGUCAGUGCAGGAAAUGCUUAGACCUGACACCGAUGCUCCUUGGGGAAACUUAUUUGCCUUUUUACAUGUACCACUCCCCAAAUUAUCUGACACUGACAUCUCCUCAGAUCCUCUUGAAUUUAUUCGGGAAGCGCAUAAAACCAUUAAGAGGAAGAGAAGAUCUGCAGCUGUUUAUUUUAUGGGAUGUUUUUACGAGAUUAUCAGGAAAGUUCGAGGCUAUGAGGCAGUAGCUAAACUGAUAUAUAGAACGAUAAAGAACUCGAGCAUGGGAAUCUCAAAUAUCAUAGGACCGAUGGAGCAGGUUGCCUUUGAAAAUCAAACCAUUAAGGGCAUGUAUUUUAUAGUGGUUGGUGUACCUCAGAGUCUGAGCAUAGGAAUUUUAAGUUACAAUGAAAGUCUGAGGCUUGCAGUGACAGCAGAGAAGAACUUCAUUGAUGCCCAGAAGUUUAAAGCCAGUGUAGUAAACGCUUUCGAGAUUAUGUUCAAGGCUGCAUGCAAACACCCUCCUUCUUAAAAUCAUAUUGAUUAAGAAGCUCGUCAUCAUCAAAUUAUGCUUUUCGUAUUUUAUGUAUAUGUUUAUACCUCUUAGCCUGUUUAAUUUCUUAAUUUGCUUACUUCAUAUUGAAUCUGUUAGGGUGUACACUGCAAGCCAAUGAGUUUGGAUGCAUUGUACACAAAUUAUCAUGGACUAGCACUUGUGGCAUUUGUUUUUGGCAUAUCUUUAUCUUGUUUGUCUUUAUCAUGUUUAUUAUAUUAUUUCUACAACAGUUAAACAAUAAUAAAGUCCAUAAAAUAAU